UUCUUUUAGUUAUUUUUUUUGUUGUUUUUAGCUGUUUGCGAACUGCACCUUCUCUUUUGAUUUCAAACCCUGAAACUUCAUUUUUUAUGCUGAAGGUUAGAAGAUUUUAUGCUCUUAAAAUUUCUGAAGCAAAUGAUAAAUGGUUGCAUUGGUGAUGUUUACCCCUGCGAUAAGCAAGACGAUUGCAACCGGGUGCCAGACUUUUUGCCCGUAACUAGCUUGGUUCAAAGAAUAGGCUAAAUUGAGAUUGUAAUUUUUACUAAUGUACCCUUUACAUUUGCCAUGUAAAUGUAAUAUAUCAAUUUCUUAUAGCAGGUAUCUUAUAAUUGAGAAUGAAUAUUUUUUAUUCAAGUUUAAGUCACACCAAGUUCAAGCUACUAAUUCUGAGAGUUGGGCGCAGAGGUAUAGAUUACGCUAAGGGUGUUGAGCUCAUUAGGCCGAGUCCUGUUAGAACUUCAGUUUCAUGCGUAGUCUGUUAGAACGCUAUUUUUGUGUUGCAUCGCAAUUGUUGCGAAGCUUCGCUUUGCCUCUGUAAAAAUUUUGUUUCUUAUUUUAAGCAUCUCAUAUUUUUAAAUGCGUCUUCCACUAUCUCCCUAUGUUUAAGCUAUACCAUAUGUUUCAUGUUAAUAAUUUUCGAACAACUUUUGCUUGUCUAACAAAACGGACAAAUUUUGCAUGUCUAAGUUUUAUCGUAUACGUAUAUUGCAAUGCUUAAAAAUCAUUUCAGAGCAGUUUGAGGAGCAGAGUGGCCACAUGGUCAUUAUUUAUGACCAGUCAUUGUUUGUUAGUAUUUGGUCAUUUUUUUCUUUGACGGGUCAUUAUUUUUUAAUGACUUCCUUUCUUUUUCCCUGUAAUACUUUUUUGUGAUAAAAAUAUUGCAAAGGGUUGCGUAUUUUUUGAAGUCAUACAUUUUUCCAUUCGCUCAUUUAUCAAGUCAUCCACACAUCCGUCACGCCAUCCAUCCAUCAAACCAUCCAUUUAUCCAGCCAUCUAUCUAGUCAUCAAUCUAUCCAAGCAUGCAUGCAGGCAUCCGUUCUUCCAUCCAGCCUUCGAUUCACCUAUCUAUCUAGCCAUCCAUUAUCCAUCCAUCCACCUAGCCACUGAUCUUUAAAACCAUUAAUCCAUUCAAUCAUCCAUCCAUUCGUCAAAUCAUCCAUCUAGCCAUCUGUUCUUUCAUCUAGCCAUCCAUUAUCCAUCAAUCCACUUAGCCUUCUGUUCAGCCAUCCAUCACGUCAUCUAUCUAAACCGUCAGUCAUGCAUCCAUACCGUCAGUCGUACAUCCUUUCAUCCACCUUUCCGUCCAUCCAAUAAGGCAUCCGUCAUCCAUCCAACGAGCAAGCCAUCUAGCCUUGUAUCUAUUUAUUUACCCAUCGCCCAUCCAAUCAGCUAUUUAUCUAUCCAGUCAUCCAUCUGUUCAGGUAUCCAUAUAUCUAACCAGCCAACCUUAGACGUAUGCUUCCAGUCGGCAAUUCAUUUAUCAGCCAUCAAUCCAAUCUUCUAUCGGUACUUUUAUUCAUCCGUACGUCGAUCUCUCCAUUGUGCCAUCCAACCUGCCAUUUGGCCAUCCAUUCAGUCAUCUGAAUUUGCUGCUGCCGCCAUCCCUCCCUGCAGCAAAACUUCGGUCCAUCCAUCUACCGAUCCAUUCAGCCGACUAUGAAUCCAUCCAUCCACCCAUGCGACAAUUCAUCGUUCCUUCCAGCCAGCGAUACUAACAUUCAUCCAUCUAGCUAUCGAUUCAUCCUUUAAUCCAGCCAUCCAUCCAGUGUCAAUCCAGCCAUCUAUCGAAACAACCAUUCAUACUUCCAUCGCUCCUUCCAUUCAGCCAUCCAACCAGUGAUCCAUCCAUUCAGACAUCUGAGUUUGCUGAUGCUACGAUUAUCUGAAUUUGUUCCUGAACUUUUUUCCUUUCAAGACAUACUCUGCCACUUUUCAGCAGCAGCUUUAGCUGCAGUGAGUCCGCUAGUCAUUUUGUGAUUUCAACCGAGUAGGUUGCUGACAAAUAACAAGACUUAGCGUUGUGACUCUUUCAUUUGUUCUUUUCUUGUCAUUGUAAGCAUGCAAAAGGUUUUUAAAGAUUUUUGUGAUGCUCAUUUUCUGCAGGUUCAUCGAAAUAAUUGAAAAUACCAACCCCUUGAGCUCAAAGUUGAUACAAUGCACAAUCUGUGACCAUUUAUCAUAAUGUUAUUAGGGCUUGCAAUUUUUAACUAUGUUGGACUACUUUAUGAGCCUUUUUAUGCGCAUAUAAUGCUCAGCGCGUCAGUAGCGGCUUAUUUAAAGGCGGCGAAAUAGUCAAACUUCCAUUUGGCGCAAAUAAAUGUUAUUCCAAAUUCAGUUGAGACAAGCUUAUUGGCUCAACUAUUUUUUUCCUUCAAGACAAAUUAUAUUUUUCAGAUUUAAUUAUUUCGAUCAUCCGGGUGGGAAGCAGCGACGUUUUAGUUUGUUUUCAGCACAAUUUUGACUACCUCAAAGAAAGCUUGUAGAGGUGUCAAAUGUGGUAUCAUAAUAAAGCCGCAUUGUUCGCGAAUCGGUUUCGUAAGAAAUUUUCGCAAAGUUUUCACAGCAUCAAGAAAAACUGGUUUGCACGUUUCUGUUCUUCAGACAAAAGGUUGAAGAAAUGUUCAACAAUUCCCAAUCAUUUUUUUUUUCAGUUUCCUUGUUUUACAUUUUCCAACUGUCUGUUGGCUAUUCCUCAGCAAAUUAUCAACCCAUUUUUGCAGCGAUACUUUUAUUUGAUUGCACUUAUCUUAAAAACUUCGAAUGAUAAAAAGUUUUUCUGAUGAAAAUAUAUUGUUUGAUAGUUUUGAAAACUCUGUGCGAACGAUUUGAACUUUGAACUUCAAGUUUGUCUAUGUUAAGUUCUGAUUCGCAAGCAAACGUGGGACUGAGAUUGAAUUCCUUUAAAGAACUAUCUAAGAAGUUGCAAUUAUUCCGAUACCUUGAAAGAGGCCAGACUCGCCCCCUCCGCUAGAAAAAUCUUCUGGAAGCUACUGACGUUUCUGGCAUAAAACAAACCGAAAAUUCUUUGAAAGCAUUUCAGUACGUAUGUAUUUGGUAGAGUAGAUCAUCAUUCUUUUUAGUGGAGUUGAUUUGAGAUGAGAAUACAAGAGUUCAAGCAGACGGCUUUUCUCUUCCAUGGAAGAGAGCGAAUGUGUUUCUGGCGCCUGAAGAUUUUAUCUGUUUUGGAGGUAUUCCCUAAUGCCAAUACCGAUGAAGUGGCCGAUUGUCUCUCCCCUAUUCUGCGUGAUCAAUCACUCGAGGACAAGGAAGUGUUGGCGACUUUUCUGUCGGUGUACGAUGUCCUAGAAAAGACAAAACCCCUGCUGAUGGAGAGUAUUAUGAAAUGCGUUUUCAGAAGCAAGAGCUUACUUUGUUUUGCCCUUUUUUGGAUUGCUUGGGCGAAGUUGUCAGUGAAAUUGGAUAAAAAGACGGAUGCACUUAAAAUAUGCCAAAAAGGACUGAAGACAGAAAACCUGGACAACCCUGGAAAAAUCGAGAAGGCCUUGAAAAAUAUAAAUGCAAACGAACAAAUAGUACUUGAUGUGUUUAAUGAAUCUCGCAGUGGAUCCGCCAGUCUUUUGUCCGUCAUUCGGAGCCUUGAGCAACAAGACAAAAUUGAGAAGGCAUCUCUUAAGGAAGUUUCGCAACAACUUGGAGAAUUACUUCAUAGUAGCUCAGAAUUGCGAAAUGAGGUUGAAAACUUCAAACGGCAGACUUCGUUGUGCUUUAGAGAGUUGAAAGAAGAGAUGGAAAAAAGUAAACGUGACAUGUUACGAGCAUCAGCACUCAACCACACCGAAGUUCUGUCGUCAAUAGAAGAUAAAUUGAACAGUUUUCAUUAUCAAUUGAACCUUAAAGACAACAGAAAGGGAGGCGAAGAUUCGAACUUUGAAGAAACAAAAGUGCAAGAAGACAGUUUUAUAUCAUUCAUCUCGCAAAGUAGCUCUAAGCCGAAAGAAGAGGUGAGUCAUAACACGAACAAGCAAGGUCGAUCGAGUUUGAUUUCAUUUUCUCCCGACUUGGAGCAGAAUCAGAAAAGUGGAUCUAAUAAUAAAACUUCCAGUGAUGAUUUUUUGCAAUGCUGUAGUAUGUCUUUUGUUCAAUUGCCCCAAUCGAAUAGAGCUGAGGUUGAUUUGGAUUUUUCGAAAACCAAGGCAUUGAAUGGGAGCGAGGAAGCCUUAUUGACUCCCAGAAGCGAGCGAUUAGGGGAACCACUGGAGUCAGCGCUAGUGCACGAAAAAAUCGCUGGUGACAGGAAACAAGAAAACGCACAUUGUAGCAAACCGGAAAGUGGAUGUUCAGGACGUGUGUCGACGAUUCAGAGAUCUACAGGGCGGCAACUAUCUCUGAACGCAAGCUUUAAUGCUUUCGACGAGCUAGAUAAAGAAAUGAAAGAUCCUACAUAUAGUGUUAUUCGACCCCGAAACUCGUUAGCCGCUCCGGAAAUUGACAGAAAAGAAGUGAAUAGGUUAAUGGAAGAAAUGCUCGAUUGGCGUUGUCUUACAACUGUCUCACGAUCGACAAGGGCAAGAUCAGUUGGGUCAUCUGGAAAUCAAGAUUAUCAAUCGGAAACCGAAAAUGAUAAUGGAGCCAAAACAGAAAACAGAGAUACCAAAAGCUGUGCGCCAAUGGCUCCAAUAGUUAUCUCUGCUCAACUCGAUAGUUUGCUGUUAGACUCCCCCAAAACUUCGCAAUUUAUGAAGAAGAAAUUGAGUAAUGGCAACCAGAGACGAGUUUCGCUGAUCGAGUACACGCAGGUUGAGGACAACGACGAGUUUAUAGCAAGUGAUACAUUUGAAGGAUAUACUCAAUUCGAAAACACUCAGAAUACAAAUUCGCUCGCAACAACAGACUUGGACGAAAAUGCAAUGAUUUUGAAAGACAACGAAAACGAAGAUAGUUUACUUGAGAACAAGUUUGCGCGCAAGAUUGUUCGUGACAGUUUUGGCUGCAGAGCUAGUGUCAAUAGUAGAACAAGUAGUGACUCAAGGAUGCCGCUAGACAUCAUAGGCAACGAAGAGAACAUUAAGCCUCAAUCGAGUGCUGGUGGAAAAAAUUGCAGCACUCCCUCCAAUCAGCGCACACAGAAUCCGAGGAAAUCAAUGCUCCGAGGACUGUCUGUGCUCUCUCCAAUCGAAGAUGAAGGAUCUUCUUUUGAGUCGUCGUCCCACAAGUCAUCUAUGAGUAGUUGUAAUAUGUCCGAUCAGAGUGCAAAUUGUACUGACUAUUCGGCCAAGUGAAAUGUUUUAACAAAAUAGGCGAGUCUCACAGUUUUUGGGCCAAAUAUAUUAAAUAGUGAUGGGACAAGACAGAAACAGGAGAGCGGUUACUUAAGACACGCAAUACUAAAUUAUCUCAUUUUAAUCUUUUGGUUCCAAUCCGACCA